AUGGAUCCUUGUUCUGACUCUUUUCAAAACUUAGAAGAACCUGACGACCGUAUUGUCCGUCGGCUAGUUCUUGACUACUUAAUCCACAAUUGUUAUGGUGAAACCGCUAGAAUUUUCUUAAAAGAUAGUCAAGACCUCAAUAUAACGUCCAAAAAAGAACUCCCUUUUACUAACGGUUUCGUUAAAAAUCUUUCAAAUGAUACUAUUCCAAUGGAUACGAGCGAAACUGACGCUGACGGUGAUCUCGAAAUGAUUGAUUCAAAUGAUUUUAUUCACGUUAGUGCCACAAACAAUUCUUUAUCUACCGUGUCUAAAAGUUCAAAGUUCCUCCCUGUAUGGAAAAAUAUACGACAUUCCAAUAAUAAGCUUUGCACAGAAUCUGCUUUGGAAAGUUUGGAAAUUCGUAAGAAGAUACGCGAGUUUAUAAUAUCUGGUGAUAUUCCUUCUGCUUUAUCAUUAUGUCGAACUACUUUUCCGAAAGUGGUAUCUACCGAGGAAGGGAAUCAUCUAACAACUCCGCGUUCUACUGAGAUGUGUUUCAAACUCCAAUUACAGCAAUUUAUAGAAACUGUACGAUCGGGGAAUUUUGAUGAAGCUUUAUCAUUUGCUCAAUCUGUAGUGGCCGAAUAUCCAACACUUCGUGAUGAGUUUGCUAAAGUGAGCCCUUUAAUAGCAUAUGAAAAACCUGAAAAUUCUCCGUCUGCACCAUUAUUAUCUCAAGAGCAUCGUGAUAAAUUGGCAGAUGAAAUCAAUAGUGCCAUACUCUGUAUGUAA